GCCGACUGAGCCUUCUCUUCUUUCCUUCCUUCCUUUCUUUCUCUCUGCGUCGAGCUCUGUUUUGUUUUGUUCUGUUCUGUUGUCGCCUCCCGUCGCCCUCGCCCUUCCUUCAUUCGUGUUCUGCUAAUUCUUCUUCCUGCUCUUCUUCUGCUGCGACCUCUGUCUCGGUUAUUUAUGUUUAUGAGGUCUCGUGGCUCGGGCUGUCAAACCUGCAAUCGUGUUGGGCUGAAAUUCUGUCACCCGCAUCGCGUCGUCCUCGUCGCUACGGCGAGUGUGUCUUGAGAAUUGAAUGAGACGAUGAUGUCGUGUGUGCCCUCGUCUGUAUCUCCUCGACCUUUUGCUUCAAUCUCGCGAUCGCGCUCCGCGGUGGUGGAGGUACAGAGGCGCAUACAGUGGUUAGAAUGUGGAAGGCGAGAUCUCUCCGGGGACUACUGUAGUGUACUCGUUUGAGGGUGUGCAGUGUUUAUUGAGGAGCGGUGCUGGGAGUGGCGUGGCGUGGAGUGGAGUGGGGGAGGGACAGGGAAGCGGAGGGGUAGGGGCGAGACGUAAGUGAGAAGCGCAGAGAGCCAAGAAUUUAGGGAAGACAGUAUGGAGGAUUUGAUGAGGAGGUCGAGGAGGAGCAGAGUAACCUUGGAGCUAGGAAGGGGAAGCGAGGAACUCGAGCGGAGCUGCCCUAAUUAAUGGGAGUCUGUUGGUGUAGCGGGAGCCUUGCCCGGUCCAGGAGGAUGGAGUUAGCUCUAGUCGAUGUAUAUGUAAUUCGCGAACGGGAAUAUGAGGGAGGAGUCGCACGUAGUAGACGCAGGUUGAAGGGACGAGCGGAACGAGAGAAAUCCACAGGCCAUGCAUGCUGAUUGCCGUCCCACUGCCGGGCCACGUACGGCAUGGCUGCCCCUGCACCCUCUCCUUAUCGAUCUUCGCCACCCUCCUCUAUCCCUUCGAAUGCAGGACCUUCAUCUUCUUCAUCCGCCCAUCCUGCCUCCUCCAAAAAGCAGCAAGAUGUAGCUGCUGGACGUCGUCGGUGGGAGGCGUUCAAGAAUGAGAAAAAGGCUGGUAAACAACGGAAGACCCCCGCUGGACCCACCAAUAAUGAAUCAAGUCCGAAUGCCCCCGAGGAUGAACAGCAGCGUGUAGCUGGCAGUGUUUCAGUCCCACCAAGCACAUCGGCGGUUUCUAAUGGACAUGUCUCGAAAGACAACCAUCAAGAUGGAGCUGAUACGAGCUCCCGAGAAGUCUUUACGACCGCAGAGGUGGCCAAGGUUCCAAUGUUUGACAGCCUGGAAAAUUUACCGUCUUCAAAUGCGGAAGCUCGACUUCGUGAGGCGGAACAAGAUUUCGACUCGAAAGUACCUUCUAGUAACUAUGAUCUUGAUACAAUUAGAGGAUCACAUAUACACGGAACUGAUCAACCUAGUAUUGGCUCAACAGGACGCCCUUUUGGAAGAACAGAAAGUGUUCCAAGCUUUCAGGCUUCAAUGCCGACUUCCUCCGCCAAUAAUUACACAUACAGCAGAAACGGGUUUGGAAAGCCAACAGCUCCACUUGGUGGUAUUGGUCCAUUAAUUCUCCCUGCGUCUACACCUCCACUUGUACCUCAGCACCUUGAAGCCCCAAUCUCCGUUGGUAAUUUUGGCAAGGUAGAUACUGCUCAAACUCCACCUCUUGUACGUCCUUCUCCUUUCACUCUCCCAUUUCCUGCAAGUCAAGCAUUCCAAAACAAUCCGUUACCUGCAACCCAGAGACCGGGUGGAGGAAGUUUGGUGAAGUUAGACAACAAGCUGUUUUCAAACACUGCACGUAUAGAAGAUCAUCCUCCAAGCUCUAUGGAGCCAGAGCAAGAAUUGGUGUCUUCUGCAAGGCCCUCAGGGUUCCAAGCAUCGGUGCCUGCAAGUGAAUGGAUGAGGCCUGACAGGCAGACUGAUGGAAAUGCAUCAAAUGCAGGUAUUACUGCUAUUUUUCCUAGGAAUAAUGAAAGUUGGAGGAUGCCCGAGUCGGAAACAGAAAAAGUACCAAUUUCAGCUGUGAAUAGGUGGUUUAGCACAGUACCUCCUCCCAUUAGUACUUCUAGUAAUUUUGUUCCGGUGCCUCUUCCCCACUCUGAUGCACCAGACCCCAAGUACCUGCCAUUUCAUAUCCCUCCCAAGUCAUAUCCUUCUCCUACAUAUUCUGUCCCUCGUAAAUCAGAACCUUCUCUGCCACCUUCUCUACUGAGUAUGAACGAUUCUUCAGAUACCAGAACCUCUUCAAACGCGUCAAUCCAACCACCGCUUUUUAGUACCAGUGGUUUUGACAGUGCACCUGUUCUAUCCGAUGAAUUAUCUGCCUCUUCUUUUAUAAAAAAUGGUAUCGUGGAGCCUAAAACCAGCCCUUAUAGGCCCAACUCAAGAUCAACUGCUGCUCUAGAAUCUCCAACCCAAACUAAGAAAGUGGCGGAGCCUGUGGAUCAGAACUGGCAACUACCUCCAACAAAAUCUGCAGUAGAUGACUUUUCUAUGCUGGAACAGCACAUUGAGGAUUUGACUCAAGAAAAGUUCUCAUUGCAACGGGGUCUUGAUGCUGCCAGAGCUCUAGCGGACACGUUAGUACAGGAGAAUUCCGCUCUUGCUGAAGAUUAUAACAAGCAGGGAGCGUUGGUGAACGAGCUGAAAGAUGAGACUGAGAGACAGAAUGGAGAGAUGCGUGCCCAAGCUGUGGUGGUAAAGAAUCUGAAAUCUGAAAGGGAUAAAGCAAUUCAAGAAAGCAAAGCAGCUGUUGGACGAGCUCAAGCCCUUGCUGCCGAGGUUAUUGCCCUUGAAGAGAAGGUUCUUAGAUCUCGUUCUCAAGAACUGAAGCUGCACCGGGAGAUGGAGUCUCUAUCUGCUGAUACCGAGUCUCAAAAACGACAGAUUACGUCUCUAGAGAAGGAUCGAGCGAAUUUGCGAUCUCUUGUGGAAGCUCUACAAGAAGAAAAAUCUCUUCUUCAAGCACGUCUUCGGAAAGCUGUUAAUGUUGAGGAUGGACGACUUGCCACUAGUGAUGUUCCUUUACCAUCAGCAGCAAGUGCCAUCAGAAAAUCGGAUGUUUCUACUUCCACGGAAGAUUUGGAGUUGGAAGCCUUUUUGACCGCGGGUACCGCAGUGUUACUUCCCUCGUCACAACUUUCCCUCGAGAAUUCUCAACCAGCUGGAUUUCCGUCUUUGGAUCAACAGCAUGGACAACCUGCUAUCAUGCCUUCAGUUCAGAUAACACCACUUUUGUCUCCUUCCCAUGUGGGUCAAAGCUCAGAAUCGUCCUCGACGCAUAUAACAGCCAGGGCGUCCCUUAUCCAGUCUUCUACAGGUCCAACGGGCGCCAGUCUCGGUGGACGUAGUCUUCAUUUGGGCUCGGGAUCUGCGAGUAUUCCUCACGAUCAAGUAGUGAUUGUUGAGAAUAUCAACAAUCUAAUUUCGGAGUUGGCAGAAGAGAAGGAGGCUCUUUUGAAAGCUCUAAGAGCUUCUGAGUCCGUGGGAGCUUCUGAGUUGAGGGCCUUGAAUGCAGAACUGUCUCAGAAGUUGGAAGUGCAAACACAGCGUUUAGAGCUGGCAGUAGCACAAAGCAUGGCACACGGUUCUACUCCAACAAUAGAAAAUGCAUAUGAAACGUCUCGAUUGGGACCUGUGUACGUCGAUGAAGGAGAUGAGGUGGUGGAUAGAGUACUUGGAUGGAUUAUGCAGUUGUUUCCCAGUGGUUCAUCGAGGCGUAAGCGUCUGUGAGAAGGAAAUGUUUACGACUGUUCAAGUAAACUCAUGUCUUUUUUAGAACUCGAAGUGUGGUGAAUUACACAUGAUGAUUGAAAUUUGUUAGAGUUGUCAGUCAGGUGAAGUAGCUCUGGCUGGAGCAACCUCCUUGAGGCAACCUCGUGUAAUAUGUUAGAUUUAAAAAUUAAGGUUCACCGCCUAAAAUUCUUUGAACCAGAGUCACGCCCAAAAGUUGUCCCCCAUCUACAACAUUUCUUUUUAUCCAAAAGCCGGACUGUACCUGUUAACCCUCUUUCAAGUGCAGCCUUUUUGAAUUCGUGAUGAAUAAAUAUUUAGUUUUUAUUGUUAUUGGUCACUAACCACCAACCUUCGUCUUGAAGAUGACACUGGCUCUGGAGCUUUAGGCUGCGUCAGCUUUAAUGUGGAUAAAGCUUGAAAUAUUCUGGAAUCUCAUCGUGGUGAAAUGUUUGAUUGUGUACGUGAAACGUUCGAUUGUGAGACAAAGUCGACCUAUAGAAAUAUUCGUGCUCUGCCUCUGAUUAAUCUUCAGUGGUUCUUUCUUCAGUUGGUUCAGUCAUAAGAAUUCGAGCUGAUACUGAUGCUGUAUGUUUGUGUUCCCUCCAACCAUGUCGUGGAUUUCAUGUAAUCAGUGGAAAGUGAAGAAUGGAAAGAUUUGAGCACCAUUAUCGUGUGACUGGAACUCACAUUAAGAUGCUGAUUUGAGGGAAGGCAGCGGUAGAGAAUCAGCAGUCACAUAGAGAUAAAUGCAAAGACCAGCAUUCCGUUUAAGCGUCUAUAUUGAAUUGAAGUGGACGAUCCUAUCGAAGACUUCUAGAAGGGAGUGUCCAGGUGCAAACAGUCACCACGACUUUUAGAAUACAUGAACUUGCAGAGCUAUGGUUUUGGAUGGAAAGGGAAAACCUUGCACUCACGUCUGGACAUUUGAAAUGUACAACGAGCAAGACACUAUUCGGUACAUCGCAUGGUUCGGACCUAGUCACUUCGAAUGAACGACUAACACUUCGCUUCCUAGACUCCACGCAUUUGGCGAUAGGUGUUGUAGACUCUUUCCGGCGCAAGACAGCGAUGGAACUAACGAAUGUUCCCACACCGAAAUGGUUUGAAGCGCAGCGAAGGCUCAAGGUAUCCACAAUCAGAGCAGUGCUUGACCGCGUGCAUCCUCCUCAAGGUUUGCACAUUUGAAGGCUAAAGAAAACCGCGAGUUAUGGAAUUGAUAAAAUCAUACGGGCCCACGUGGAUAGCAAA